GGAUGCGGGAAGUUAGCGAGGUGCUUAAUUGUCUUUAACCUCAUGCAAUAUUAACUGGGAUCUCAAAGCUGCUCGUUUUGAUAAUGAGAUUCGCGUAUUUCUUCCUCAAACCCGUUCUGUAGCUCGGGGACUGGAGGUGAGAAAGAGAGGGGGAGAGAGAAAGAGGUGAUAAUGAAAUGGGGCUCUCUCUCUGGGCUGAGAGGUUUGCAGGACUGUCCUGAUCUCGACUCCCGAGUCUGUUGGAGGGAAGCCGCGUGGGGAGCGGCCACUGUUGUGGCAUUUUGCCAAAGUCAAGCUUCCCCGCCUCUAUAUAGACACACUCCAGGCUAGCAGUGUGCAGGAAAUCAUUCAGUUCUCUCUCUCUCUCUCUCUCUCUCCCACACACACACACAUAUAUAUAUAUAUAUACACACACACAUACACACACACGGAGGCAAACAGACACACACACACACUCUCUGCAAGACAUCUCCUCAAUAUCACAGAGAUCCCGUAUGUGUCUCUGCUUCUCGUUCUCUGUGCAGUUAAGAGCGUGCAAUAAAUUUUCUGAGUUAUUUCUUUUUUUUUGGAAAUUGCAAGAAAAGGUGGGGAGGGAGAGAAAUUUAUUUCACUCCCCCCCUUCCUCAUUUCCCUCCCACUCUCACCCUCGUGUGUUUUUUUUUUGCUGUUGUUGCUCUCCUGAUGUUGUAAGGAUGUUUUGGGAAGGUUUGGAGCUAGUCUCUGCGGUGAUCACAACGACUGCUUGCCUGGCCUCGCUGCUGCUGUUGCUGACUGUCUCCAGACAACUUUGGCAAUUCCGCUGGACCGUGAGCCGGGACAAAAACUGCAAUUUGCCGAUUCCGAAGGGCUCGAUGGGGUUGCCCCUCAUCGGAGAGACUUUUCAUUGGUUAGUAGAGGGGUCCAGGUUCCACUCGUCGAGACGGGAGAAAUAUGGCAACGUGUUUAAGACGCAUCUCCUGGGCCGCCCGCUGAUCCGCGUAACCGGCUCCGAGAAUGUGAGGAAGAUACUGAUGGGCGAACACACCCUGGUGAGCAGCCAAUGGCCACGCAGUACUAGGAUGCUACUGGGUUCCACCAGCCUGAUCAACUCCAUUGGUGACAUUCAUCGCCAGAAGAGAAAGAUCUUUGCCAAGGUUUUCAGCCAUUAUGCCCUGGAAUGUUACCUUCCCAAGAUCCAACAGGCUAUUCAGGAUGGUAUCCGAGACUGGAGCAGCAGUGGGGAGCCCAUCACCGUUUACCAUGAGGCCAAGAAACUCACAUUCCGUAUCGCAGUCCGGGUCUUACUAGGAUUCCGUGUAUCCGAGACCGAACUAAACCUCCUGUCGGAAAGCUUUGAACAACUUGUCGCCAACCUCUUCUCCUUACCUCUAGACUUUCCAUUUAGUGGUUACAGGAAGGGUAUGCGAGCCCGGGACAAUCUUCACAAAUACCUGGAAAAAGCCAUCAGUGAGAAACUGCAGUACAAAGAAGAGAAGGAUUACUCUGAUGCUAUGGACAUUCUGAUAGACAGUGCCAGAGAACAAGGGAAAGAACUCACAAUGCAGGAGCUGAAGGAGUCCACAGUGGAACUGAUUUUCGCUGCCUUCGCCACCACCUCUAGUGCGACGACUUCACUGAUCUACCAGCUCUUGCAGCACCCCCUGGUCCUGGAGAAACUGCGGGAAGAGCUGAGGAGCAAUGGGAUCCUUCACAAUGGCUGCAAGUGUGAGGAGACCCCCAGGAUGGCCGUGGUGGUCCGCCUCAAGUAUUUGGACUGCAUCAUCAAGGAGGUCCUACGUCUGCUUCCACCGGUUUCAGGCGGCUACAGGACAGCGCUGCAGACGUUUGAGUUGGACGGGUGUCAGAUUCCCAAAGGCUGGAGUGUCCUGUACAGCAUCCGAGACACGCACGAUACGGCUCCCAUCUUCCAGAAUUCUGAGGUCUUUGACCCCGACCGUUUCAGUGAGGAGCGGGGAGAGAACAAAGGUGACCGUUUCAGCUACAUUCCCUUCGGAGGGGGCAUCAGGAGCUGCCUUGGUAAAGAGCUGGCCAAGCUCAUCCUGAAGGUGUUGGCGAUGGAGUUGGCCAGUACCAGCUGCUUUGAACUUGCCACCCGGACUUUCCCCAGCAUGUUGACGGUGCCGGUGGUUCACCCUGUGGACGGGUUAAGAGUCAAAUUCUCCGGACUUGAUUCCAACCAGAACGAGAUAGACCCAGAGACAGAGACAAUGCUGGGUUCCACUGUGUAACAGGGCCAACUACGACACUCUAUCACCCACCCCAUCCCCAAAAAUUCCACCACCCCCCUACCCUGCACCCCUCCGCAUUCCCCCCAACCCCCAAUCCUAACCAAACCUUCACUGAAGCAACAAAAUAAAGCAAACACAUCUGAACUUGAAAGCAAAGAAAAACUUCAAUGAACUAACAUGCUAGCUGUAAAGGAAACCCCUUUGGGAAAACCUACUCACAGAUUGUCCAGCAAGGAAUCUUGGAUGGGAAAAUAUCCACGGGAGAGCUACAUAGAGCAAAUUCCAUGGUGAGAAGGCACAGGAUUAUAUUUCUGGGCAAAAUUGAAGCGAUCGAGAUUGGAGGAGGCAGAUAAAUGUCAGAAGAGGAUUAGUGUUGAGAGAAAGAGAGACAGGAGAUGGAGGAAAACAGAAGAGAGGAAAAUUGGUGGGAGAGAAACUAUGUGACGUCAAAACAAAAGACUAUCUUAAAAAUAAAACACAUAUAUAUCCUGCGUUCCUACUUAAGUAUAUAUAUGUAUAAACCUACUCUGAGUACCAUUCUAGGUAUAUAACUUGAUUAGAGAUUGCAACAGAGUUGCAGCCUUUUGGCACUUUGAAUGUUGAUCCAUUACUGAUGCUGGUUAUAUUCAGCAUAAACUUAGAAACAGUAACAAACUGGUUUGAAUUUGUACUAUUCCUAUCUUUAAGCUAUAUAUGGAUUAUUUGUCAUUGUGUUUUUUUUAAUUUUAAGAUUGCAAUUAGACGUCUAGUGUAAAAAGAAACUAUUUUUUUCUGUUGGUAAAUAUUGUUUUAGUAAAAAAUGAACAAAAGAAUCUUUUACACGGAGUUGUGUGAUUAGACAUUGUGUGUGAGAAUGAGUGUGUGUUUGUGUGUGAAUGAGUGCGUGUUGUGUGUCAGAGUGAGUGUGUGUUUCUGUGUGAGAGUGUGUGUGUUUGUUUGUGAGAGUGUGUUGUGUGUCAGUGUGUUUGUAUGAGUGUGUGUUUGUGUGUGAGAGUGAGUGUGUGUUUGUGUGUGUGAGAGAGAGUCUGUGUGUGAGAGAGCAUGUUAUGUGUUUAUGUACAUGUUAUAGCAAAUGUAGGUGGAAGCAUGUGUCUGUGGACGAAUGGCUGUUUCAGUAAGAGUGAAGAUCUGAAAGGGUGGGCGAGGCAGAAACCCUCAUAA